GGUGUUAGUAAUUAACCCGUUUGCGGUGGAUCAAGAGAACAACAACACGAACUAGAGGCUGAACUUCGGACUGUGCUGUUUUGUUUCUGCUUUCUGCAACUUUCGGUCAAUGACAUAUGGGUCACUAAGAUGAUUGUGUUCAAUAUUAGACCAUAAAUGGAUCUAUCAGCUAUCAAGUUUGAUCCACACGUGGUAGACUUCAGGUAAACAAGUUGGAGAGUGUUUAUGUCUGCUGAAGUGAAGGUUCUUCCUACAACACCAUACACACAAGGAAAGAAAAACAAGAUUGAAGAAGGUGGAAGAACUCAUCCCUUAUUAAGGGCCUUAAAUAUGAUCUCACGAAAGCCAGAACCUUCACAGUAACUGAAGUUACGGUAAACUGCAGUUGGAUUAGUGGCUCUGCCUGGAACAUGGAUGCUUUUGAGGGUCUCCACAGUGUCCAGCUGUCCUCCUCUCCGCCUGCCUCCGCCUGCAACUCUGGGUAUGAAAUACUAGUCUCAGCUGGGUCUGGUGUCCAGGUGUACUCCAACGCUACGUUCUAUGGAAAACCCAGUGUUCUGGAGCAUACACAGCGAAGAGGGAGAGAUAAAUAUCCCUCCUACGGAGAGGAGACUAAAGAGGAGAGGUGUGAGGUUGGAAGGUUGGUAGACCUGGAGCCCGGUCCGAGCCCCCGGGUGGACGGCGGUGGGCCGGCUGACACAGGUUUCACCAGGCCCCAGGAGGGAGCUGUUACCCAGGCCCGGAGCCGGGGCAGGGAGGGCAGCAGGCUGGAGGGUGCUACCCAGCUGGAGGUUGCCCUGGGCGGGGAGCAUGAGGACAACGUGUCCCGCCUCCGGAGCUCUUCCCUGGAGAUCAGAGAGAAGGGAUCAGAGAUCCUACGGGAACAACUGGAUGCUGCACAGAAGGAGCUGAAGCUGAAGGAUAAAGAGUGUGAGCGUCUGUCGCAGGUCAGAGAUCAGCUGGAGCAGGAGCUGGAAGAGCUCACUGCCAGUCUAUUUGAGGAAGCUCACAAGAUGGUGCGGGAAGCCAACGUGAAACAAGCCGCAGCAGAGAAGCAGCUGAAGGAGGCUCAGGGCAAGAUUGAUGUCCUUCAGGCGGAGGUGUCAGCCCUGAAGACCAUGGUCCUAACCUCCACCCCGUCUUCCCCCAAUCGCCAGGCCCACCCUCAGCUCCUCUCCCCGGGCACCAGGUCCAAGGGGGCAAGCCCCCGCCAUGGAGGAGGACACACACGCAACAAGAGCGCCAGCUGGGCCUUGCCAUUGGCCCCUGGUGGGAACUUAGACUCGCACUCCCUGCAGCCAGUCAGAGAGGACAAAGAGCCUACGGUUCCUGCACUACUCUCUCUGAUUUUGUGUCUGGUUCCGGGCCACUCAAUCUCUGUGACCUAUGAACCCUACUGGGCAGAGAAGGGGGAGGGGCCACGCUCUCUCAGCCGACAGAUGGACAACGUGCUGUAUGCAGAGUUCCUGACCUGGAAAGACAGACCUAGUCUGGACAGAACAUCAGCCUUCCUGGGCCGUAUUUACAGAGAGGACAUCGGCCCCUGUCUCUCCUUCACCAAAUCUGAGUUGUCUCAGUCGGUGCAGAAUGCAGUGGAGAACAACUCGCUGACCAUCGAGCCGGUGGCCGUGUCUGCGUUACCCAUGGUCAAAGCCAACGCCAUAGAGUGUGGCGGGCCCAAUGGCCUGAGAGCAGCAGUAGAGACGAAGUGUGCGUUGAGCGGCGUGUCCCGGUCCUGUAAGCACCGCAUCAAACUUGGAGACAGAGAGAGUUACUACCACAUCUCUCCCUCCAGCAGGGCACGGAUUACAGCGGCGUGUAAUUUCUUCACCUAUAUCCGCUACAUACAGCAGGGCCUGGUCAGACAUGAUGCGGAACAGAUGUUCUGGGAAGUGACACGUCUACGGAGGGAGAUGACUGUGGCCAAGCUGGGCUUCUACCUCACAGACACAGACCAGGGAUAGAAGACAGACAAGAGGAGACGUCACCGUUAGCCCUGGGUCAUGUUCAUUAGGGCCACACCGUAGCAAAAAAAAAAAAAAAACGUUAUGCUCGACAGUUCAAGAUAUUACCACAUGUUUAGGGACGCUUUCUUCCGUUUCCAUGGCUACUGAACACGACCCUGGGCUUAGAAAGACAAGAGAUACCAAUCAGCUGUACAGAGACACAAGAUCACCAGUACCCCUUUUUUACACUGUCCUGAUAAUCCAACCCAAACAUCCACUGGGCUGGUUUGGCUCAGUAGUGUGAAAAGUCCUCAGCUGGCCACGGUGAACACAGAAACCAGAUCACGGAUCUUAUUGAGUAGGAGAGCCAUUUUCAAGUGUGUCUGACGAGGGAAGCAGAAAUGCUACAGCAAAUAUUACACCAUUUAGCAAUUAGAUUAGAUUAGAUUAGAUUAGAUUAGCCUCGUAACAAAUCAGCCCGAUCUGGCGAGCUACACGGUAGCGGAAAAAAAAACCAUUUGUAGCAAAACAGAAUGUAAGCUUAUGAGAUCAGUAGAGUUCGUACGAUGCUAGCAGUUAGAGCUAUGUACUUUAUAAACUAGCACAAUAAUUAUAACACAACCACAAAGACAUACAAUAAAUAGCAUCUUUUAAAAGGACAGUAGCGUAUAUGUGAAAAUGUAUCAAUAUAUACCAUAGAAACUCUUGUUAUUACUACGGUGGUUACACAGCUGAUCUUAGUUGGCACAGAUUGAAACUAUAUACGCAUGUGUCAUGCUGCCACGGAAACACUAAUAUGGGUUUAAUCCUAACUGGUCAGGUUAAUCACACAGAUGUUUUUAAGUUGGGAGUUCUGACCAAUAGAGAACUAUGCUGUUCACUUUUCAUUCUAACAGCUGUCAUGUGGUACCUGUGUACCUGUGUACCAGCUGUCAUGUGGUACCUGUGUACCUGGUACCUGUGUACCAGCUGUCAUGUGGUACCUGUGUACCUGGUACCUGUGUACCAGCUGUCAUGUGGUACCUGUGUACCUGGUACCUGUGUACCUGGUACCUGUGUACCUGGUACCUGUGUACCAGCUGUCAUGUGGUACCUGUGUACCAGUCCUGUGUACCUGGUACCUGUGUACCAGCUGUCAUGUGGUACCUGUGUACCAGUCCUGCAUGUUGUCUCGUCUCCUCUCACCUUAACAACCAGACUACGUACGUGUUGUCGUCUCCUCUCACCUUAACAACCAGACUACGUACGUGUUGUCGUCUCCUCUCACCUUAACAACCAGACUACGUACGUGUUGUCGUCUCCUCUCACCUUAACAACCAGACUACGUACGUGUUGUCGUCUCCUCUCACCUUAACAACCAGACUACGUACGUGUUGUCGUCUCCUCUCACCUUAACAACCAGACUACGUACGUGUUGUCGUCUCCUCUCACCUUAACAACCAGACUACGUACGUGUUGUCGUCUCCUCUCACCUUAACAACCAGACUACGUAUGUGUUGUCGUCUCCUCUCACCUUAACAACCAGACUACGUACGUGUUGUCGUCUCCUCUCACCUUAACAACCAGACUACGUACGUGUUGUCGUCUCCUCUCACCUUAACAACCAGACUACGUACGUGUUGUCGUCUCCUCUCACCUUAACAACCAGACUACGUACGUGUUGUCGUCUCCUCUCACCUUAACAACCAGACUACGUACGUGUUGUCGUCUCCUCUCACCUUAACAACCAGACUACGUACGUGUUGUCGUCUCCUCUCACCUUAACAACCAGACUACGUACGUGUUGUCGUCUCCUCUCACCUUAACAACCAGACUACGUGCGUGUUGUCGUCUCCUCUCACCUUAACAACCAGACUACGUACGUGUUGUCGUCUCCUCUCACCUUAACAACAGGCUACGUACGUGUUGUCGUCUCCUCUCACCUUAACAACCAGGCUACGUACGUGUUGUCGUCUCCUCUCACCUUAACAACCAGACUACGUACGUGUUGUCGUCUCCUCUCACCUUAACAACCAGACUACGUACGUGUUGUCGUCUCCUCUCACCUUAACAACCAGACUACGUACGUGUUGUCGUCUCCUCUCACCUUAACAACCAGACUACGUACGUGUUGUCGUCUCCUCUCACCUUAACAACCAGACUACGUACGUGUUGUCGUCUCCUCUCACCUUAACAACCAAACCACCCAUUACGUUGCCUUAACCCUGAUAGAUUCUUGCACUACGUUGUAAAUACCUUGCAUGGCUUUAUAAAAGGAAAGACACCUCGACUGAGAAUGGGUUAUGGAAGGGAAGUAUUCACUCAGUGUGGAUUUUAAAACAAUUAAAAAUAAAUAGCUGCGUCUGUUUUAGUACAAACCAGUUCAGAAGUUGUGUGUGUGUGUGUGUUGCAGGUACACGAAGUAAAAGCAGUGAUCUGAAAUAUCCUCGUCUUCACUCUGGAUACUGUGACCGCUUAGCAACAACUAUCCUAGAAAUGAAGAAUUACAGUUUUAACAUAACGGAGUUAUAAACCAAUCGUAGACGACUAAGCAAUACGUUUUUUUUUUUCUUCCUCCCUGAUACCACCAAUUUUUAUUCACAGCUUUAAAAUAACUGUAGUUUUGGGAGAGAAAACAGUUGUAAGUGAUUGCAGUAUGUUCGGCUCAACCUUAUAGUUGUAAAUUGCACUCCUGUAAAAUGUUAUUGAAAUUGCACUCCAGGUCGUGUAUGAUAAAUGAUGUUUAAAGCCAA